AUGGCUAACCGCCGCCAGCCAAAGGACCAAUUGUGCCCAAUAUGCAACAAGAUGUUUAGCAUCCAAGGCAUUGCUCAACAUAUCCGAUCAUGUAGUGGCAAAACACCAAGUCUGGAUGCACAGAAUGCUUUUGGAGAUUUUGCAAAUAGGGUUUAUGAAAAUAACUCUCUACAUUAUACAUCAAUUUUAAAUGCUGCUAUUAGCCACUCUCCAGCUAUACCAAAUGAGGAUUCUACAACCGCUUCUUAUUCUGCUAUAGAUAUGGCUCAAAUGGAGACACAGGAUUCUCUAAAUGGUCAUCAUAUUUCCCUUUCAAUGGAGCCGGAAGAUUCAAUUGAGCCAGUCACAAAUCAAUCCUCUAUACUUCAAAUGCUUGAUGAAAUUUCAAAUAAUCAUUUGCCCCCACCGCUUCCACAUCAAAUCUGCAUUGAAUUUCAUCCAAGUGCAAAUAUGCCACCAAAAUUCAUUCCUACACACCAAUAUAAUCCAAAUUCCUAUCAAACGUCACCAACACCCCAUUCUACCAGUACCAACCCGUGGCAUCCAUUUAGGACACGUCUUGACUUCGAAGUGGCAGAACUUGCACUUAGCUCACAUAUGAAUAGGCAGCAAAAGCAGAUUUUAUUAACCCUUAUUGACAGAAUCAAAGAAAAGCCAGAGCAGUUUACAAUUGACAGUGUAUCAGAGCUUGAGAAGACCUGGGAGCUUGCUCGUAGCUACCGUUCAACUGGAUUCCAGAAAAAGGAAUAUCUUGUACCAUACCAAAAUGAUGAAAUUGGGUAUGAAGUGUAUAUCCGGCCACUAAUUGAGUGGUGCAAUAGUCUUCUUCAGAAUCCUUCUCUACUUUCACAGUUUCAUUGGAUUGCUGAAAGGCAUUAUAAACAAAAUGACGGUAAACGAGACCGGUUGAUUGGAGAACCAUGGACUGCAAAUGAAUGGUGGAGCAUCCAGAACCUUCUUCCCAAUGGUGCAUUACCAUUUUUUAUUAUCCUAUAUGCAGACAAAACUCGGCUAUCCACCUUUGGUACUGCAAAGGCAUAUCCAGUGCUUGCUCGCUGUGCAAAUCUUCCAGCAAAUCUUCGAAACAGUGAUGGUAUUGGUGGGGGAAUCCUAGUUGGAUGGCUGCCUAUUGUUGAUGAAGAUGCUGGCGAGUCAGGAAAGAAAAUUUUUGUAAACUUCAAGCGUAUUGUUUGGCACAAAGGAUUCCACGAAAUUCUUAAGUCCGUUCAAGAAUAUGCCACAACAGGAUACUAUGCACAGUGUGCAGACAACAUUCGGAUUAUGAAGAGCAGUAAGUAA